AUGUCGAAUCCUGCGCUGCAGAUAUACGGUGGUGACGAGAUAUCGGCUGUCGUCAUCGACCCCGGGUCAUACAGCACAAAUAUAGGGUAUUCGGGCACUGACAGUCCCCAGCUCAACAUACCCUCAUGCUAUGGACAGUACACUGCCGGCGGGAAGGAGGGGCAGAAAUCGUUCAAUGACCAAUUCAUGAUCAUGCCCCGUCCAGAUUUCGAAAUCAAAAGGAUCUUGGAAAAUGGUUGCGUCGUGGACUGGGAAGCGGCUCAGGAGCAGUGGGCCUGGGCCAUCCGUGACGAGCUCAAAUUUGAGUCUUUCAAGGGUACGCCUGCUUUUCUUACGGAAGCUAUUUGGAAUCCCGAGGAGAACCGCAAGAAGUCCUUGGAGGUGCUUCUCGAAGGUAUGGAAUUCGAGGCAUGCUACAUAGCUCCCACGGCCACAUGUACAUCAUUUGCCAUGGGCAGACCAACAUGCUUAGUGCUGGACAUCGGUCAUGAUGUUGCGAGUGUGUGCCCUGUCGUGGACGGUAUGACGCUAUCGAAGAGCUCUACGCGUAAUUUUCUAGCAGGCAAGCUUCUCAAUAAGCUCAUCGAAAAUCAUCUCAAGCCUCGCGAACUUGUUCCUCUUUACAAAGUUGAGCGCAAGCGGCCUGAAUUCGUUCCCAAGAAAUUCGAAUUCACUGUCAGCAAAUCCGUGGAUGAAUUUGCAAACAGCAGAGGGUUUCUCCAAGAGUGCAAAGAAACCAUGUUGCAUGUUGCUGCUGUCGAGCUGCCAAAAUUCCAGUCAGAACUAGAAACCACGUCAAAAAGAUCCAUAGAGGCUCCUUGGGGCGAAAACAUCAUAUUUGAUAGUAAUGCAAGAUACAGCUUCGCUGAGCAGCUUUUCAAACCAACAAAAGAAAUGCUCCCUUCGGACUGGCCAGUGACAAAGGACGGUGUUGUAGAAACAUGGCACAACGAUUACGUGCCUAUGAAGAGGGCAAAACCAGGUCUCGGCAACAAAGACAAGGAGGGAACUACUGAGUCUACUCCCGCUCCUGAAGAAGCAAAUGGCGAAACACCUUCCGCUACAACGAACGAAAAUGGUAAGAGACCCAUUGAAGAGAGCUCAAAAACUUCCGAUGCAAUUGCAGGCCUCGCAGACCUCGUCAAUACAGCUAUAACGGCAACGGAUGUCGAUCUGAGGGCCACUCUUGCUCACAAUCUUGUUGUUACAGGCGGUUCGUCGUCAAUUCCCGGGCUGACUGACCGAUUGAUGACUGAGCUCAAUAAGAAGUUACCUGCAUUGAAGUUUCGUAUCCUAACUUCUGGGCACCUCAGAGAAAGACAGUCUAGAGCGUGGCUUGGGGGCAGCAUAUUAUCUAGCUUGGGCACAUUCCACCAAUUGUGGGUUGGUAGACAAGAGUAUGAAGAGGUUGGUGCCGAAAGGCUGCUCAAAGACAGGUUUAGAUGA